AUGAGUAUCCGACAGAAAGUCCGCAAGGUGUUCCAUCGCCAGUCCUCCAAUGCCAAAGCCAAGGAGUCUUCCGGCAUCAAGAUCGAAUAUUACAAGCGCCAUGAGAUUCCUCGCUCCAAAUUCAAGGGUCCCUUCGACCCCGAACAUCAGCGUCGAUUAGCCGCAUGGUCCUUCCAAGAGGCUCAGGCCGACCGGCCUCGUUCCUUCGAUCUCUCGCUCUCGCCCUGCGCCACAGUGCCCGAUCAUAUGCGGUCUGCUCCUGACAACGACGACGAGGCUCUGGCGCCCGAUGCGGUUUUAUCGGACAUACCGCCCGAGGGAGAUGGAUCCCCUCGCGAGUUUGCCGACUUCGACCGCGACCCCGAAUACGGACAUCACUCGUCCUCGUCCACCGCCGUCGACUCUGACAGCUACAGCAGUUCGUUGACUCUGCUGCCCAGUUUCCUGCGCGACGACUCCAUCGCCCAGAUCAAAGAGUCCAUCCGACACACCUCCCCGGCCGUCCACACCAUCUCCCCGCCCCCACUCUCGCCAAAGGGUGCUUACCUGCCUUUCUCCCCGGAGGAUCUCACCCGGGCGUUGAACGCCGUGCAGAUCUGCUCUUAG